AUGUACCUUAAGACAAAUCCGAUAGAGCAGAACCCGCUGGUUCAGAAAAUCGAAGAUUGGGUUUAUGGAGAUUGUAAUCGGAAUAUUCCAGACACGAUCAUAUUCAAAGUGUAUUAUAGAACGUGGGAGACGUGGGAUAAAGUAGCAUAUGAACUUGCCAGGAAUAACGAUUUCCGAUUGCUGUAUAAGCCAUUAUGCAAGGUAAGGUAA